CUGAAACAGAAGCUUCCAUGCUCUCUCUCUCUCUCUGUGUGAUAACUCUAUAAAACUCACUCUCGCUGAAGCCAAUUAGCCAAAACUAGACUAUCUUUCCUAUUGAAAUACCCACUUUUCUUUUUUCUAUCGGAGCUCCAUGGGAUUCCCAUUCGGGUACAGCGAGGUUUUCUUCCCAAACCUCAUUCUCCACGCACUUUCCCUUCUGGGUUUCAUCCGAAACCUCAUUUUCUCGCUCUUUCGCUUCCUGGGUAUCUCAGAUUUUCUCGAAACGGAUACGAUUUGGCCAGAUGAUCCGACCCGGAUACCCGAACAGAAGCCCGUAUCCGCGCUCCUGAUCCAGGAAUUCCUGCCCGUGAUGAAUUUCCAGGACAUCGUAGCAGUUUCCGGAGCAGGAGACCCGCCUGAAAGCUGUGCGGUCUGUCUGUAUGAGUUUGAGGGAGGGGAUGAGAUCAGGUGGUUGAGGAAUUGUAAGCACAUUUUCCACCGGACUUGUCUAGACCGCUGGAUGGACCAUGAUCAGAAAACGUGUCCUCUGUGUAGGACCCAGUUUGUGCCUGGGGAGAUGAAGUGCGAACUCGAUCAACGGCUCUGGGCUGCUUCUGGUGUACCUGAUUUUUACAGCGAGUACAGUGAGUACAGUUCGGUUUGAGGGUUUUUGUUUAUUGGGGGUUUUGUAUGGUGGGGUUAUCGAACAUUAAUUUGAAAUGUAUAUAAUUAAGGAAGAAAAUGCUUCGAAAGAAUAAAAUAGAAAAAUAAAAAAAAUAAAAAAUAAGAGAAAAUUUUGGAAUUUUUUCUUCUUCUUAAUUGUGAGUUUGGUCACGGUUCUUGAUUAGAUUUUACCAUGAAACAUAUGGUCUACUAUUUUGGGAAAUUAUUUUUUCUUUUUCAUUUUUUAGCCUUUUUUUUAUUUUUUUUAUUUUAGUUUUUAGUUUUUUGUUAUAAUUUUAAGAAUUGUUUUUUUGGUGGGUUUUUUUUGUUGAAGUUGUCGCUAAGGUGGUAAGAAAAUUUGGGCAGCUUAUAUAAUAUUUGGGUCUCAUAAAAAUUAUUCUGUUAUAUAGUAUUCUUGUUUUAUAUAUAAUCAAUUGUGAAAAA